AUGAAUUUACGUGAAAUGAAAAAACCGACGACUCCCAAACGAGGUUAUUACUCGGAAAUCGUAACAGGGAGCACGGAAUAUCCUGUCAGACCGAGACCCAUCGCUCCCAGGAGAACGAAGCUUGUCUGGCAAAUAUUUACCGAGCAGCACACCGCAACGGUGAAGGAUAACUUUACAACCCACGAAAGCUCUGGUUCGCUCGGCGCUGCUGAGCGCUGGGUAACCUUCCCCGAGGAUCCAUCGAUCAAAGAAAUACACGUCGAACCGAAACACUUGCCUCGUAACAUUGAGAUGGAACGGCGACGUAGACUUUACAGAAAUCUGCGAGUUCAGGACGCUUUAAGUAAAGCAGGAGUUUCUUUACUCGACAUUUUAUCACCAGAUGUUGUACGACCGCUCGCCAGUGACGAACAAAAACACGGUCUCUGCCCUACCGUCAAUUUUUUACCACUCGAGAUUUUCGAUAACGAGGAUUUGGACUGCAGAACGGUAAACGACUGGAUGCAACUAGGAUUCAUCGAUGGUACAAAGUAUCCGUUACCAGCGACCGUAUUCGUGGAAAAACCCAUUGAAAAAACGGUCUAUUCGUUACCACGAAAUUUGAAAGAGCUCGUGAAUUUGUACGAUUGGCACAACGCUGCUGUAACUCACUACGACGACGAAACCAAACUGUGGACCGUCCGAACUCUCGAUGGACAUGCAAGAAUAUUCCAAUUACCACGAAUUCUCAUUCGUUUUUUCGCCGAGGAUCCUUGUCUAUUCGCUGAAAGAGUCGUUGCUGCGAUAAAAGCUCGAAAUCAAUCCGAAGCAUGCAUCAGCUACGGAAAAUCCAUGACCCUCGACGAGUUUGAGGCUCAACAGAUCCAAACGACGAGCGCUUUGAUCAAAUAUCUCAGAGAACACUGGUUGGAAAAUAUAGUUCGUUCAGUUAGAAUGUGGCUCAGAGAUAUAGGCAAAGGAUGCUUCAGUAUUGAACUCAAGGUCCCGAAAAUUUACGACGUCUUGAAGCUCAAAAGAUUCAACGAUUUGACAGUCCUACUUAUGCAACAGCUUUUGUGA